CUACGUUUUCGUUGACUGAUUGGUAUACAAACCUUACUGAACGGAUUGCCUCAUCUGGUUUGUAUACCGACAAACCGAGCUCAGCAACUAGAGAAGAGUCCAGACAUCCACAAGUUGACCCGAAAAGGGUCAAGCCGGUUCUGCCGGAGUGUUCCACAUGGAGGGAGCACUGUAACAGAUACCUCUGUUCCUUAAUACUACGUUUACGUCGACUGAUUGGUAUACAAACCUAACCGAACGGAUUGCCUCAUCUGAUUUGCAUACUGAACUAAGUACUGAACACCUAGACCACCCAGAACUGUCAUGUGCCUCUAGUUAACCCACUUGACCUCCAUCACACCUUCCUAGACCGCAAACACUUGAACGUCCUAAGUGGUCGGCUGGAUAGCCGCUUUUCGAAUGGACGAUCAUGAUGCAGCGGCCAUCUUGCUUUAUCAAACGCAUCCAGCGGUGUUUGGUCGUCAAGUGCAUGGAACUGUUAUCGGACACUCGACGGCACGAACACCGCUGAGACUUCCACUGACCCCUACGUUCGACUAUUCAUCUGAGGAAAGUGGCGUUCGGUAGGAACAAACCCCUGAACAAGAGACACUGGGUGAUCGUACGCACAAACAGUUUAUUUGGUUGGAUUUUGUACUCCCGAAAGAGACCGACCGCACAGCCUAAUUUCAUGGAACUAUUUUGGGCCGGCUCCUCAUGUGCGGUCGGACUAAACUAUACCCCGGCUACAUUCGUGGGAUCUGAGACAUUUUUGGAUAUGAUGGCCGCUCAGAUCAAUGCUAUCUGGGGUUAUAAGACUUGCUGUUAACCUUGCUGUUAACUGUAGAUUUUGGGGGUAUUUUUGUUAUGCAUGUCCUGGACCUGAGAGUUUGUACAUUUUGUGUCUGUCCCCUCUCAGGUCCAGUGGGAAAUGCCCCUAGGAUGUGUUACUCUUGCAUGGGGAUUCACAUAAAAGGCUGUGUGUGGUCCCAUUAAAAUCACUUCAGCUUUACCCUCAACACAGAGCCUUGUCUCGUGUUUGUAUGUACCUGCUAUAACAGCUAUACCUGCUUCUGUACCGAUUGGAUUUAUGCUUGGGAAUACUUCAGCACUCUUCAUAAUAGGAGGAAAGGACAUCUCUGACGGUGGAAACUUCUGCUCUCACACUGUGGCCGUCACAGUGGGGGAGCUCAGUAUGUGGGGAGGUGGGGCAUCACAGUGUGAGGGUCGGUAGGGAGCACAAUGUGAGGAGAGGUGGGGGAGCACAGUGUGAGGGGAGGUGGCGAGUGUGGUGCCCACCCCGAGAAAAGAGGAGUUUUCGCCGCCAGAGAUGUCCUUUCCCCCUAGUAUGAGUAAUACUGUAGUAUACACAAGCAGUAAUCCAAGCGGAGACGAGGCUCUGUGUUGAGGGUGAAGUAGAACUGAUUUAGUGGGAGCCACAUGCAGCCUUAUAUGCAACUCCCCAAGCAAGGGAUUUUUUAUUAUAUAUUCCUGGGGCAUUCCCCACUGGACAUGAGAGGAGACUACAUUAAAAGUAUACAACUUAAUUAUAUUAACUCUCAGGUCCAGGACAUACAUAACAAAAACACCCCAAAAUACACACUUAACAAUUGAGUACCCCCUCAAGUUCUAUAUCCCCGUAUAGCUUGGAUCUGAGCGCCCAACAUAUCCGAAAAGCACUCAGAUCCCACGAACAUAGCCGAAACGCUGUUCAGUGGAGGUGACAUGCCCACUUGGUGUAAGAGUCCCCACUUUGCUUAUUGGAUUCCUGGAAUCGUCUGCGGUACGCCUCGGGGGUAACUGCAUACCAGGCGAGCAAAACUUAUUUAACCACGUGGUAGUGGUGUAUCUCAUCGUUGGGUAUAGCCUGAAAGGCUUCGGCGGCUAUCCCGGACAACUUGCCAGAUAGAAUGGUGACCCAUUUGUCUGUGGGUACCUUGUGCAGCACACACUGCCCUUCAAAAUCUGCAAUGGAGCCAUCUAUUUCUCCCUCUGCCUCUUGAAAGUGCUGUAUUUCUGCCAAGCGUAGCUGGUAAUGCCGUUUCUCCCGGGUUUCAGCUUCGACAGUGUGACGAGACCAAUCUCGCCACAUUGCAUUGGAGAAGCCUGGUUGCUCGCCUGUUGCCUUUGGAUUAUGGCCCCAUGUUAAAAGUCUUGAUUUUCCCCUGCAAAGACAUGAAAGCCGGGUCAUUUGGUACUUGCCCUGUUUGAGCGGUGAUACCCCAGAUAGCUAUGCCACGGAGCCCAUUCGUAUAAUGAAAGACUAUGGGAAAGACUUUGGCUCCAUGGCAAUUGAACUGUAUGUGUGUGCUCUGAGCGCCGUUUAGUAAUAAUGUGCGCUCAGAUCUGAGCUAUCUGGGGAUAUGAAUGUACCUGUUUUGUGCAAUGGCUGCACAGUUAUGUUUUUAUGUGUUUUAUUGUCUUUUGCUGCCAUGUGUUCAAUGGAGUUUUGCCUCUGUCCUUGGAGAUAAUUGGAUUACUUCCCAAUUAUCUCCAGGAUAGAAGACUCUGUGGAACUGGUUUUGGGCAGAAAAGCCAUGCUACCUUUGGUCACAAAGGACUACGAUCUAUCUUUUGAACCACUGGACCAAUUUGGAUGAUUUUGACGUAUGUUUGUAUUUGGAGUAUGCUGAUUCUGAAAAUGUAAGUUAUAUGUGAAUAUGAUGCAUACGUUUCAAGUUAUGAAUAAUGUGGAAACAUUUUAUUUCUCUGCUUGUUAUAAUUACAUUACCCAUUGUGUAAGGUAACUGUAUCACAGGCAGAGGGGAGGAUUUUGUGUGGGAGUGUCUGAGUGUAUUUUACGUGUUUAUUGGUUGUUUUCCAAAACCCUAUGGGUGGUACUAAUGUGUAUAUAAGAACAAUAAACCCACAGCUGACUGACCACUGCUUGACCCACAACACGGAGCCUUGUCUCGUCUUUGGGGGGAUUUACUGAAUGCUGAUAGAGACUGAUUGCUAGGAGUAUAAGCCGCUUGGGUGCUUUUCCUAUUCGUCUGCUAGCAGCUAUUCGUAUGGUUCCAGUUCGUGAGUUUGGAGUGCUAUAUUGUAUGCCGUUCUGGAGUUUGGAGCAUUCCCUUACAUGCGGUUCGGGAGUUUGGUGUUCUACAGUAGCUGUGCCUGCAUCUCUGAAAGGGGACGAUCGCCUAAACGGUUUUAACCCUUACGUGUGCUGAGGGUGCCGUUACAGACAGCAUAAAAAAUUUGGGUGAUAAUGUCUGCGGGAGGAUUUGGCCCAUACAAUGCAAAUCUCAACCGAACAGCUUGCAGUAUUUAGUCGUCUCCCGUGUUCAGGACAAUUGGUUCAGCCAUAUCAGUUCGGCAAUUAAUUCCCGUCGGGGUCGGUUGCUGACUGUGCGACCACGGCUCUCCAAUAAAUCCUUCAAAGUCAGUCUUUUCAGCUUUUCAUAUGGAUUCUCCAUUAGCAUAGUAUUUCCUCUGGGGAAAAAGGACAAUCCCAUCGCUGCCACCAAAUGUGGCGGCAACCCUGAGAGAAGAGGGGUUUCUGCCGCCAGAGAUGUCCUUUCCCCCUAGUAUGAGUAAUGCUGUAGUAUUCUCAAGCAGUAAUCCAACUGGUAAAAAAGCAGGUAUAGCUGUUCCCUACAAUCACGAGACGAUGCUCUGUGUUGAGGGUGUAGAACUGAUCUAAUGGGAGCCAUAUAUGCAACUCCCCAUGCGAAAAGAGCUCAUCCCACAAACGUACCCGAAAACGUACCCUUUCGGGAGUACAAAACACCAUAAAACCAUGAAUAUAACAGUUUGUGCGUGUGUUGGUCGUGUGCCCCACGUUUGGGAGUGUGUUCCCACCAAACGCCACUCUUCCCAGAUGAAUAGAACCGAACGUGCGUGGGGAUGGAAGUCCCAGUGGUGUUCGCGCCGUUGAGUGCCUGAUUUUAGUUCCAUACACUCAUGACAAAACACAGCUGUAUGCAUUCGUGGCUACAGAUGGCCGCCACCAUGUGUUUGUUCAUACGAACGGCGCCACCCAGCCAACCGCUUCGAAUGUUGUGGUAAUUGCGGUUACGAAGGUGAUCGUGGGGGUUAAGAAGGUCAGUGAGCGGCACAUGACUGUUUUGGGUGGUCUGUCCGUUCUGUACUUUGUUCGGUAUACAAACCAAAUGGGAUAAUCUUUUCGGUGAUGUUCGUAUACCGGGCUAUGCAAUGUAAAAAUAGUCGUUUAAUGAUUCCAGGGACAGGGUGAUCUGUCACAGGGAGCAACGCUACAGAUUGCUUUUUCCGGGCACUGUUAUAGUUUGGAACUGGAUACAUAAUAAUUUUUUUAUUGCUGAUUGGUGAUUUUUAAUACUUUAGAUGUGUAAUUUAGAAGUUUUAAAUUCUUUGUUUUGUGUUCUUAUAAAUGAGGGCUAGGACCUCUUAAUGGUAGACCCAAAGAAUAAACAUAGAAAGUUAUAUCAGGUCAUUCUUAAGGCUGUAACCUGGACCCCGUGCUAAAUCGGAGAUUACCUUUAGAUUCUGUCUUCAUUUUUAUCGGUUGGGUCAGUAUAGGAGUGGUUGACAAUCAGUGUUUUCUUUGGUUGGGGUAAACCGUUAACUCUCUAUAUUGUGAAACCAAGUUAAUGAGGAAUAUUUGUGAGAAUGCAGUGACAAAUAAUGCCUUCUGUUUUAGGAGCUGCUGUUGAUGUCCAUGUCUGUCUCCUGCAGCAUCAUUACUGUGCUCCAAAUACGACAGGUGAGAAGAUUUGCACAAAUGGCCACAAAAACUGCUCCAAGUGGCAGACAUUAUGUGGGUCAUGUGUACAUUUCACAUUGAUUUUACCACGGGCUUCCUCAGAUAAAUAUUUAUAUCAUGAUGCCUUGUGAACCAGUGUAAUUUCGUCAACUAACAAUUAUCACAUUUAGUCGACAAAAAAUUCAGAUGACUAAAAUAGCUUUUUAGUCAAAAGACUAAACUGGAUAAAACUAAAUUGAAAUUUGCUGCCAAAAUUAACACUGGCGGGUAAGACACAUCCCCAUGGGAAGAGGGAAGAGAGGAAAUGAGAUACAUGGGGGGGCUGGGGCUGAGGGAAUAAGACACAUGGGGGGCUGGGGAAUUGAGACACAUGGGGGACUCGGAGGAUGAGACACAUUGCGGGGCUGAGGGAUUGAUACACAUGGGGGGCCGGCUAAAUGAGACACAUGGGGGGGCUGAGAGAAUGAGAUACAUGGGGGACUGGUAGAUUUAGAAACAUGGGGCUGAGAGAAUGAGAUCAAUUGUCUAUGUAGCGGACAUUUCUCCCACCAUACACUGCUGUACGAGAGGGAUACUCCCACGAGAAUAUCCUGUUAAAUGGAUUAUCCCGCCAUACAGCAGAACCGGCUUUUCACACAAAAAUCAGUAACUUUUUAUUCGUGCUAUUGUACCGAAUGACCAUUCGGCAGGUAGCUGGGGUCUGAGCGCACACUUUGUGAAAGUACCGCUCAGAUCCCAGCAUAAAUAACCAAACGCCGCACGAAAACACACUUUAAUAUACAUUCAUCAUAAAAGUCCCGAAUACACCAUUGGGGAAAAAGUACCGAAAGACCGACACUCCCGAACGGCUUGGAAGUCCAGCGGUGUUCGUGCCGUCGAGUAGCCGAUUUUAUUUCCAGGCACUCGACGACCAAACACCGCUGGGCAAAAGGGAAAUCCAAGAUGGCCGCCGCCUCGUGGUCGGUAGCCGAACGACGGCCACCCGGGAAAUCAAUUAGCAGCCGAUUGCUACAAUGUUACAAUCGGUUAAUGGGAGCCACACGACUCCCUGUGUGUGGACUCCCAUUCGGUACGUUAUUCGUUUCACGAACAGUGUGGAAAGUCACUGUUCGUGAAACUACCAUUUGAAUGCUAGCGGCUUUCGGCUACUAGCAUACGAAUGCUCUCUAUUACAGUUACAAGUAAAUACAGAACCUAACAGAAUAGCACCAGCUUUCUAGGACAACCUUUAGACAAAUAACCGCACAAUCUAAAGUGGCUAGAUUUGCCACAGUCUAAAAUAAUUCAGAUUACUAAAAUACGACUUAAACUAAAAUGGCUUUUUAGUCAAAAGACUAUAACUAGAACUAAAUUUAUAUUUGACGCCAAAAUUAACACUGUUGUGAACCUUCCUCACAUUCCAAAUGUUAUAUUAUAUCCAGGAGCAGUAAUGCUGCUUAUUGUUAUCCUCUCAGUGACAGUGUUUGUCAGGCUGGUGUCCCUGAGAGCUAUUUUACCUUACUAUGUUAAACCAUUUUCGAAUGUUUUAACAGCUACAAUACUCCAUUGACGCUCACCUGCACUUCCUUAUGCCUUCCCUGCUUGGCCACCAUACUGAGCAGAGAGGGGAAUCAUUAAAAAGCUUUAGGUACUUGUGAUUAGCGGACUCCAGGUUAAAAGUGUUCUAAAGCUGUUUGCCUACCUACAGUGGAGGAUUCCAGGGCUAUCCUGGUACCAUAGCCAGUGCAGCGCACUGUGGUGGUUAUGGUGCUCAGAAUUUUCCUUAGCUUUUAUAGCGUUCCAAAAUAUUCUGCAACAAUUUACAGUUUUGAAGUGAGGCAGAUAAGAAAUACAUCAUAACUAAUGUUAACAAGAAACAAGAGGUUAUUGAGAGCCUUGCUCAAAUUAGCUAACAAUCUAGAUUAUGUCAAGAAUCUUCUGAUUAUACAUUUGGAACAAAUAUAAUUGGUUUCUUUGUUUUUAGCCAUUAUGGACUUUGAAAAGGAAUACAAUGAAGCCUCAAGUCCACCAAGUUGUCCCCAACAACCUCUACCAUGUGACUACAAGGGCAUUAAAGUUGAGGAUGUACAGAUUGAAGAAGUCCCAUCUCUCCUGUCCUUUGAGCAGAAACUGUUUAAAUCGGACCCUGAUUCUGUAAAUCCUGAAAUUCAUGCAACAGAAAUGACAAGUUUGAAAAAUAAGAUAAAACCUACAAUUAUUGCAGAGACGCCAAAAGUCAAUGUGAUGAGACAUUUUCCCAGAAAGGCAAAUCACAAAAGGAAAGUCCAUUAUGAAUGCUCAGAUUGUGGGAGAACAUGCAGAGAUAAAUCCAACUAUUUACGUCACAUGAGGACCCACACACAAGAAAAACCUUUUGUCUGUAUAGAAUGUGGAAAAGACUUUAAUCAAAACUCUCAACUUGUGAGGCAUAAGAGAACACACAGCGGGGAGAAACAACAUGCCUCCUCGGAAUAUGGGAGAACCUUCAGCCAGGACGACCAGCUGGCAGAACACAUGAGAACCCACUGGAAAGAUAUGCCAUACAUGUGCACAGAGUGUGGAAAAUGCUUCAAAUGGAUGUGUAAAUUGGUGGCCCACCGGAAGAUCCACUCAGGUAACCGACCAUUCCUGUGUAUGGACUGUGGGAAAUGUUUCAGCCGCAAGGAGCAUUUGAAAAGACACAGUAAACUCCACACAGGGGAGAAACCCUUCAUGUGUUCAAAGUGCGGAACAGGUUUCGCUCGAAAAGAGCACCUGAUGCGACAUAGCAAGGCUAAGAACACUGAGUGCGCCGGGUACAAGAAAAAAGUGUCACUCAAAAUUCAGGCUACUGGGAAUACUACAAAAUGGAGAACAAAUACUAGGAGUGCCAAUAAGGAACCUGACCCGGGUAAGUCUCUCAAACUCUCUGCAAAUUAAUUUUACAUAUUGGGAAUUCCAUUGACUAGUAGAAAUGCGGUGCGAGUGACUUUUAGCAGCAGCUAUUUGUAAAACUUACCGCCAGUGAAGAAAGUCCACCAAGGUUGUCAAUUAGGCAGCUCACAAUGCUUAGUUCCUGAGUGCCUCUGUCAUUUUUUGUUAAUGUGCAGCGAGCAGACACCUCAUGCUCAAUAGCUAAAUCUCUCGAUUUGAAGCGGUUUGAAUGUACCGAGGAUUAGACCAGAAUGAUAUGCUUCUGGGUGUCCCGUCGUGGUGUCUCUACAACUGUCUUUAAUCUUGUCACUCUCAUCAGUAUGCUCUGACCCUGGGAGGGGCCGACUCUUGAACACGUCUCUACCAUUAAUAUGCUGUACCCCGAGAGGAAUUGACCCUUAAACAUGUCACUGCCAUUAGUACGCUGUACCCCGAGAGGGACCAACCCUUAAACACGUCACUGUCAUUAGUACACUGUGACCCCCAGAAGAACCAAUCCUUAAACACAUCACUGUCAUUAGUACUCUGUGACCCUGGGAGUGACCAACCCUUAAACACGUCACUGCCAUAAGUACAAUGUGACCGCUAGAAGGACCGACCCUUAAACACGUUGUGGCAAACCGCCUGGCAACCCGACUGGGUACCUCCGCCAAGCAUGCUCCCUAGCUUUUGCCGGGACUCCAUCAGCUCUUCAGCCGCUAGCCUUGGCUGUGGUCUUGCCGUCACUUCCUACCCUGGAACAGGGUCCUGGAUCCAGUUUCUAGUGAUGGAAGCUCUUCUACAGAGAGUAUAGCUGUGGAGUGAUUAUAGCUAGCUGAGUGAUCAUAGCCUUCCCCCUCAGACAUUAGCCAAGACUUAAUGCUGGGAGUGUACUGGAUUAAUGGGACAUGGUACAGGCAAUUUAUACACAGACCCCCAGUAGGGGGUCUCUGUGGUGGACCGCCUGGCACCCCGACUGGGUACCUGGCUUCCUAGUUGUCGCAGAGUACCAGAAGCACCACACUGGACACCAUAAGCACUGUAGUCCCCUUAGCCACCGCAGCUUGGCUAGGGUCUCGCCGUCCCUUUCCACCCUGGACCAACGCUUGGAUCCAGCUUCCAGUGGGAAGACCUCUCCUCAAAGAGAGUAUAGCUUUAUAGCAUGUGAUUAUAGCAAGUAUAGCUUCCCCCCCACAGACAUUAGUCGAGACUAAAUGCUGGAGGUAGUCUGUUUAUUCAAGCAAAAUGGCUCACUUAUAUACAGAAUCUGAGCACAGUGACACUCCUUCUAAGCCAACAUAUAGAGGAUGUUAGUCCAUAACCACACCCACCACGUGCCAUAAAAUAUAGUGUCACUGUGACUCAGCACAGUACAAAAUAUUACAAACACAUAAAAAUACAUAUUUCCCACAUAGGAACCCCCACAGUCUAUACAUCCCCGGAUUGCCUGGAUCUGAGCGCCCAACAUAUGCGAAUGGCGCCCAGAUCCCACGAACACAGCCGAAUCGCCACCGGGGUAAAGUUCUGGAGUUCAGGAACACUGCCUGCGUUCAUUGGGGAACAAGAUGGCCACCACCACGUCUUCGGGCAAACGAAUGGCGGACACCCAGAUGAACACUUAGAACACUGCGGUUAGAAUCGUUACAAGGUAUCAAUAAUGUUUAGCAAGUGCCCAGGUGGUUUUUAGUUUGUGGAUCUGUUCGGUUCCCGAACAGCACAGGGAACCCAACGAACUGAGUCUUUUAAAUUUUAUUUUGCAGGGCCCAUAGUCCUGGGGCAAGAGGCUGGCAAGCAGGCUCCUCUUGGAGCCUGUGGCAAGCUUACAUUCGCCACUGUCUCCAUGCAAGUCAAUACAGACUCCUCCCCGGAGUCUUUGUGUCUGGGAGAUAAUUGAGUGUACUUUUGCUUAAACUAAUUAUCUCCCAGGCACAGAGGUACAAUGUUCAAAACACACACAAUAUUACACACACAAGUCCUAUAUCCCCGGAUAGCCUGGAUCUGAGUGCCCAACAUAUCCAAAAAGUGCUCACUUCCAACGGACACAGCCGAAAUGCCACCGGGGUAAAGUUUUGACAGACAAACACAAGGCUUCUGCCCAAAAUAGUUCCAUAAGAAAAGUGGUAGCAGUCGUUCACUUUCGGGAGUCCCAAAACAAAAUAAAUACCAAACAAAUACCAAACAGAUUCUCUGGUUUCUAGGUAGCAAUUGUUCGCCUAGUUCGUGCGAUCAAUCCUACCGAACAGCAAAGUUAAGCGGUGUUUGUGAGUUAGUUUGUCUAAUUUUAGUUCCAUACACUCGACGCCCUAACACCGCUGCCUGCGUUCGUGCACCAAGAUGGCCACCAACUCAUUUCCCAGCCAAACACUUGAGAUAAGAAAGUGUGAACCGAUGAUGGAGGUGUCAGGAGAGGUUAACAGGGGUUAACAAGCCCAUAGGUGGUCUGAGUAUGGGGAUAUAGAGAAGCAGAGGCAAUUUGUGGGUUUGUUCGGUAACCGAACUGAAUAAGGGAAAACGUACGAACAGAGUAUUUUAAGUAUCGGUUACAUGGCUCAUAGUCCUUGGGCAGGAGGCUAGCUAGGCAUAGGGAUAUUUGCCACACAUGUCACUGCCAUAAGUAUGUGACUGCUAAAGGGAUCAACCCUUAAAUACGUUACUGCCAUAAGUACAUGUGAUCCCCAGAGUGACCGACUGUGGCGAAAGUAACCUCGCCACUGGCUUUUGGAGGAGCCUGUUUGCCAGCCUCCUGCCCUGUGACUAUGGCCCCUGCAAUAAACUGUUUGUGGAGCAGCACUUCGAACUCUCGAAGUGGCACUUCGAACUCCUGAAUUCUCGAAGCGGCAUUCGAACACUUAAGCUGCGAGCAAACUGAGCGGUGUUUGGUCGUCGAGUACAUGGAAUUCAUAUCGGACUCUCGACAGCGCGAACACCGCUCACUACUUACCUUCAACGGAUGUUCGGCUAUUCGAAUGGGAGUCGAACGGCAUUCGGUAAGAAUAAACUCCCAAACGAGAGACAUGAACAGAGACUACUCCCGAAGCUAUAUGUUCGGUAUUUUAUAUUUCACUUCGAAUUCCUGAAGUGGACUGAGUGGUCAAAAUUUGACUUCCAUAAAAUUCCUGAACCCCUGAACUGAUCUGGGUGAUUUCUGGAUAUGUUGGUCACCCAGAUCAGGGAUAUCAGGGGAUGUGAUUUUAUGUCUUUUGUUUAACAGUCUGAUCUUGCUUACAUUUAAAUUCACAAUAUAGCAUUCUGAUAAAUUUCUUAAACCAAUGAUUCAUUUAUUUUUUAAAGACAUUUUAAGAGAACACAGUGAUGCCAAGAACCUCAUUGUCCUCUUCAUUGAAUUUGCUUUUUUGGGAAUCUUGGUAACCCCACUUUCCUUUUCUUGUGCAGAUAAAACUGUUAUAAAGAUGGAAGUCAUGUCUGAUAUGGUAGAAGAGAGUCCGUCUGAUAACUCUGAAAGUAUCAGCACUCCUGUAACUGGCUCUCAAGGUAAGGAACCACAUCUGGUCAGAUCGGACCAUCCAUCGCAACAGUUUGUCAUUUUACUAUAAUUUCCUCUACUUGUCCCUAAGCAUUUUACCUGUAUGUCAAGAUCAGGUGAUGUUAAAAAAACGAGCUCUGAUUUAGUAAUAAGCAGUGUCGGGGGCCAUCAACAGAACUCAAGAGGCCCCUUACAAAACAACUGACUGGGCUCUGCUCAAUAUACAUUCCAGCCACACACUUUCCAAGAUACAUCUUGGCCUGUCGCCUCUGAUGGUGACCCUUGGUAGUGUUUCAGUAAAAGCGGACUAACAUCCUCUAUAUGUUGGCUUAGAAGGAGUGUCAAAUGUUAGUCUUCCUUUACUAAAAGUAACCUUAAUUUAAUAGACUGCCUUGAAUUUGCAGUUCUUCGUCAAUUCUCCACAGUUCCUGAUUUAAUAAUUUAACUUGCGUCAGGUGCCUUGUUGCAGUCGAACACUAAAUUAUUCAAAGUUCUGCGAAUAAAGCCAAGCUGGUUGAAGAAUGGUCCUGGUUAGAACUUUACCUUGGAGUUGUUCUCAUACAGAAACUUCCUUCUGUUAGGAUUCUUGUGUGUUCAUGUCGGCUAAUAUUGUGCUUUAUCCACAGAUGGCGAUAAUAUGAUACCUGGGGACAAGCUUCCAAAUGGGAUCAAGCAAGAACCUGAGGAACAAAAAAUUGCUUCUGAACAUUACAAAUAUCUGGAAAAUUCUGUAUUACUGCCAGAAAAAAAUGACUGUGGCUUCAGGGGGCGUUCACAGAGUAACCUGAGGCAGAAAGCCAGAAUAGAGCCCCAGAGAAGGGUGUACAUGUGUAUGCAAUGUGGCCAAGUCAGCUGCAACAAGUCCAACCAUCUGCGGCAUGUGAAAACGCACAGCAUAGCGAAGCCCUUCACGUGUAUGGAGUGCGGGAAAUGCUUUGCUCACAAGUGCAGGCUGGCUAUGCACAUGAGGAUCCAUACAGGAGAGAGGCCUUUCUCGUGCACGCUUUGUAAUAAGACAUUCUGCCGCAGCUCCCAGCUUUACAACCACAAUCGGACCCACACCGGGGAGAAACCUUUCCCCUGUAAGCAAUGUGAGAAACGUUUCAGUUCCUACUCCCAACUCGUCAUCCAUGUUCGAGUUCACACUGGAGAAAGACCCUUCGCCUGCUCAGAAUGUGGAAAGUCAUUCACCGAGAAGAAACACCUCCUGAGGCAUAAAAGAGUCCACUCCGGGGAGAGGCCUUUCCCAUGCCAGACCUGCGAAAAGCGAUUCAGCCGCAAGGAACAUCUGGCUCGACACCAGAAAGCUAGGGGGAGCCAGUGCCAUCAGAACCAGACCAGGGGUAUGUUACCUGCAUUCUUCAGUUUAAUGCACUGAGAGGAUUGAGCCAUUUAUUGCUUGACUGCCAUUUUAGGAUAAAACAGGUAAUCUGAGAGAAGUUUUCUGGGUUGAGAAUGUUAAGGGAUAGGGAGAGCAAAGGCAAGGGUAGUAUCGUCACUAAAUGCAGGGUACGCUGUUGAGAUAGGCGCCUUAACCCAAGUACUCACACCUAGAACCAACAAGUUCUCAAUAAAUCACAAUCGGGUACACAGCUGAACUAAAGACUUGCUAAUAUUUACCAGCUAUCCUACAUGUGUGAAGAUGUCACUUAAAGAGACAGUAUAGUCACCAGAACUACAGCUUAUUGUAUUUGUUCUGGUGAGUAUAAUCAUUCCCUUCAGAGAAAAUGCAGUGUUUACAUUAUAGCAUAGGGAUGGCCACUCCUAAGAUGGCUGCUAGAGGUACUUCCUUUGGCAGUGCUGCACAAUGUGACUGACAUUCAGUGUCUCCACCCUCUGCAUGGAGACACUGAACUUUCCUCAUAGAGAUGCAUUGACACAAUGUAUCUCUAUGAGGAGAAGAUGAUUGGCCAGGGCUGUGUUGGCUCUGUCUCCUUGAUAGUUUCAGGGAAUGCAAUGCUUUCCUAUGGGUAAGCAUUGUGAUUGGCUCAGAGAAUCACUUCUCUUCUUCUUAUAAGCAGGCAGAUCAGGGACAGAGCAAGCAGCUGCAGACUGGAAUAAACUUAAGAUUUUACUGUAUUUAGGGAGUUAAGGAGGGCUAGUGGUGGUUUUAACACUAUAGGGUGAGGAAUACAUGUUUGUGAUCCUUUAAUACAUAUUACAUAGAAAGUGUCUAUUUUAUAUUAUAGUGGUUAUAUAUCAUAUCUAAAGGGUUAUAUUUUAUAUUAUAGUGGUAAUAUAUUGUAUACAAACAGAGGUAGAAUAUACAGACGGAUAGAGGUAGAAAGAUACUGAAAGAUAUUUAGGAAUAGAUUAUAAUAGUCAAUUGAUAGGAUAGGUAGAGAGGAAGAUAAUAACUACAUGCAGCCUCUGGUUUCCUUUUUCCACUGUUGCCAUAAUGUCUGUGUUCUCUUUAGGCGACCAGCAAAGAAAGACAGGCCGGCAAGUGGUUCCAGUUACUGAGGGUAUCAAGCAGGAGAGGAACGAGGCCUGCUCCCCGGUGUACCUGGGUGAGGAGUACUGCAGAGCACUGUUCCGCCAGGAGGUUCAGAGAAACCCGGAGCUAGCACAGGGAUCCUUUGGUAAACCCUCCAUCAUGCAGGUUGCACCAAAUCAGUCACAGCUGGCAGACAGGCAGUACUCAGACACCAGCUCCUCGGUGUGUCCAGAAAGGAAAGAUAAGCUGGGGAGGAAUAAUCUGACAUUGAGUCUGUUUGUGUGCAGUAUUUGUGGGAGAGGCUUCAAUAAUCGACCAAACUAUCUGCGCCAUCAGAGGACUCACACGGGGGAAAAGCCCUUUUUAUGUACAGAGUGUGGAAAACGUUUUACCCAAAGCUCCCAGCUUGUUACCCAUCGUAGGAUCCACACAGGGGAGCGUCCUUAUCAAUGCUCUGAGUGUGGUAAGAGCUUCUGUCAGAAUUCCCAACUAGUUACACACCGCAGGACCCACACUGGCGAGCAGCCAUAUAUUUGUGUGGAAUGUGGGAGGAGUUUUAACCGAUACUCACAGUUUAUGAUCCACCAUCGAAUGCACACUGGGGAGAAUCACUAUUCCUGCAAUCUAUGUGAGAAGAAAUUUACUCGGAGCUCCUGGCUAAGCAAGCACAAGCUGACCCACACUGGAGAGAGGCCGUACAAGUGCACGGAGUGUGGGAGCUGCUUCAAUCAGAAGGAGCACCUACUGAGGCACCAGAGAGCACACACUGGGGAGAGACCCUAUCCGUGCUUACUUUGUGGGAAGAGAUAUGGUCGCAAAGAGCAUCUUGUGAGACACCAGAGGUUCCAACCGGAGUGUUCCAAGUCCAACGCCGGUGGCAUUCUAAAGAGUUAAUUGUGUUGUUUAUUGUGUUCGAUAAUCUGCUUACCUGUCAAAAUAGAAGGAAUGUAAGCAGUACCGCAAUAAAAUACAGCUGUCCGUUUUAAAACUAACCCUGAGUCUUUCUGCGACAGCAUAAAGAAAAUCUGAUUUCCUUUUAGUGUAAUCAUUGAACUGUGCAUUUCACUGACUGCUCAUACGGAGAUCUGAUUGGUUCGGCUAACACCAGCCAUUAACAUAGUGUGUAACCUUAAAGGGACACUAUAGUCACCACAACAACUUUAGCUUAAUGGUGCAGUUUUGGUGUAUAGAUGAUGUCCCAGCAUCUCACUGCUCAGUUCUCUGCCAUUUAGAAAUUAAAUUACUUUGUACAUACAGGCCUGGCCGUGACUCACACAGCCUGCAUGAAAAAAUGGCUUCUGUAGCUGAAUAGACACUUACCAGCUACGUAUAUUCCCUUAUUUGGCUGUCCGUACCGCCCCUGUUACAGUAUUGUGUCUUUUCCCUUGUUAUUUCGAGUGGUUCCUCUUUGGCCGUUCGGGAGACUUCAUCCCGAAUGAGGACCACCCCUUUGCCCCAUUUGGAAUGUUGACACCAGCCCCUUAAGUAUGAAAACCGCAAGGCAAAAAUGAGUGCUUCCCCUGGGUGGCCGCCAUUUCCUAUAUCCGAACAUGUGGCAAAAAGAAUGGCGGCCAUCUUGUCUCCCAAACGAGGGCAGCGGUACUUGGUUGUCGAGUGCCUGGAACACUUUUCGGCUAGGCACUCACACGAACACCGGUAAAAUUUCAACCGCUACCUGUUCCCGGCCACCUACAGGAAUGGCGUUCAGGAGAUUUGUAUUACCAAACAGGGGGAGCAUUCGUAUCCUGAAUGCUAGAGAUUCCCUUGUAUGGUUUUCGCAUAGGACACCUAUUCCUCUGGAACGAUUUUGGGCAUGCGCCUCGUGUCUGGCCGGUCAAAACUUCAUCACAAUGGCAUUCCCAUUCUGCUGAAUCGAUCUGAGUGAUUUUUGCAUAUUUUGGUCACUCAGAUCGGGGCUAUCGGGAAUGUGCUUUUUGGGGUACAGGAUAUUUUGUAGAUUUUCUGUGCCUGGGAGAUAAUUAAAUUAGAGUAGUUUACUCAGGCAAUUAUCUCUCAGGCACUGAGGAUCUUGGGAUUGAAUCCCCUGCAUUUUCUGCUUGUGAAACCCCUUGCAUAGGACUGGGCAUAAAACUGGGCUGUGUAUGUGUCAAUAAAAUUCAGUUAUACCCCCAGAGCUGAGUGUCGUCCAGUUGCUGGGGAGGAGAUGAGAGAUUUUUGGAUUAUUUUACUCUGCCUGACUGCUCCAUUGGAUUGUUUUACUUGUUACUGACUGUACUUUGGUGUAACCAGUGGAGGAGAGUCCCUGCUAGGACUAGGGCUCCGCUACAGCUUCAUUUUCAGUUAUAUGUUAAAGCUGCACUGUCACUAUCUGGGGACUUUGCCGAAUUCGGUGACAUUACCACUGGGGGAGGCACUCAACUCCUGGUGCUUCAGCUGACCUCUCAUGCAUGCACAAGAGUACAACUUAGAGGUCUAUGGGGAAUUACUUGAGAGCGCAGGAUCCUUCAUAGAUAGCCAAUUCCCUGCAGCCAUCACUGAUGGCAGCUGCAGGGAUUGACACAUAGGCUUCGCCUUGUGUCAAGAUGUGUCAGGCAGAGGAAAAAUACAGAGACAAAGUAGUCCCUACAUUGUCUCUGUAUAUUUCUUGACUGGGCUAGAAUUUCAGUGAAAUUCCAACACAGUCAUGAUGAGUAUUUAAUGGAGAUUAUGCCUUUAUGAAAUACUCCUUUUAAUAUGGGAGUGCCAGUGCCUUCUUCACUGGCUACAGUAGUUUAUAUCUCUUGCUCUGUAAAUUGAUCACACACAGGAGGUUCCCGCAGGGUCUCGAAGGCUAUUAACAGUGAAGGGAAUAAGAAAUUCUAAAUUAAACAUAAUGUGCAAUAAAGGAAGUGUAAACAUUAGAUGACUCUUUACAGGACGUGUUUAUGAAGGCUGUGUAAGUCUCAUGCAGGGAGGUGUAACUAGGGCUGCGUAAUCAAGAAUUGAGCAGUGAGACCUCACGGGCAUGAUCUAUACACCAAAACUGAUUAAUUAAGCUAUAUUUGUUUUGGAUUUGAUUAGAGUGUACCUUUUAAGAUCAGCAAACAGUGAUGUGUAUGAGCCACGUCUCCAGCUCCUUCCUGGGGUAAGUCUGGCCUGUUUUAUUAACAAGGUCAACUGACGAUAUACUGAAACAUGCUUGGAUGGGAUUGGUUUAAGCAUCACUAAUUACUAAUUCACUGCUAUUAACACUUAAACGGUUUUGUUUAGUCUUUGGAAAAAUAAAUAAUUUUUCUAAAGAGACUUUUUAAUGUGUUUUUAUUCUAGAGAUAGAUUGUUACAAAAGACUCGAAAUGACUGUGUUACUGUUAAUACCGAUUGCUACUGUUGCCACUAUAUACGUUUAAGCCGAGGAAAACACGACUACACAAACCCUUAUAAAGACUCCAUUCGUGAUACGAACGAGGGACCCCCCAAAUGCUGGCGUGUGCCGCCACUUAACCUCGUCACCCCGCAAAGUACCGAACGGUCGACCACCCGACCAGCGGAGUGUGGCAACCAUUAACCACCCAGACGGCUGCAGUCUGUGGUUAACCACAAACUAAUUGAUGGGCCUGGGGGGAUCGACGUUCGCACCAAAAGUACCGAAGGGAAUUUACCGAACAACCAACCGAACGGAGACCCCCUACAAUGGGUCGCGUGGCGGUCAUUAGCCUGUGGUUUCUGCGGUUAACCGCAACUCAAGUACCAUGCUACCAGGUGGUCCUCGUUCACCUACCGAACGAGUUCCACUACCAGACAGACAGCGGGACUUCACAUGAACUGAUACCCGGGUUUAGUUCCAUAAGUUGGAAGCGAGGUCCCGCUGCCCGCUAAACCGUCUGAAAACAUGGCCGCCAUCAGAGACUCACAAUCCAAAAUGCCGAACGGACUUUAUACGGCAGAAAGAGACCAUUCUGUUCGUGGGAUUGGAGCGCCAUUCGUAUGUUUAAUGUAUCCGAACGCGAGCUAUUAAAUGAAUGGUAGAAUGAGCUGUUUUCCUUUAUUAAUGUUAAAGUUAUGGAUUUUUAUGCAGUUUUCUGGGACAUAAUAAAACGUGGUCUUUUGUGCGCUUGGAGAUAAUUAGAUUGUAUAACCGUUGGCCUCAUUAUCUCCAAGCUGGGCGGGUACUAAUUCAAAUGAUACACUGUAUUGUGAUUGGAUACUUGUCUGUACUGUACCUGUAUUCCAUCAGGUCCACAGGGGGCUGUCCUUGGACCUGAGGAAUCACAUAAAUUGCCAUGUUGUGUGCCAGUAAAGCAAGUUCGUUUUUGACCCUCAACUUGCAGCCUCGACUCAUGUUGUAGGGAUCCGGGAUAUUGAUGCUUAUACCGUGCUUGGGGAUAUUCUACACUUGCAGCUUACUACCGAAAGACCUCCUUUCGACUCUCUACAGCGGGAACCAGGACAUCCAAGCGAUCAACCCCUCUGCUGGACCGGGGGCAAUCGUAACAUAGAUAAACCACGAAAACCCCCAGAACAGGAUGCAAGAGAAGACUGAGAGCAGACAACGGCUCAUAAAGAUUGCCCUGUGUUGUCCCCCGCUCGGAUCUCAUGCUAGUUUUAGCUCACUGGUGACAUUAAGGAGAGUGAUGGAACAGGAAUUUCUUUCUUUAUAUGGCUCGUUAUGUUCUGUUACCUCUUACUCUUUAUAACUACCUGUUCACCUGGACCCUCUCUGGAAGCACCUCUCUGUAACGGAUCACCUGGCACCCCGACUGGGCACCUCUUAUUGACGGACGCUUCCUAGCUGACGCCGAGGACCAUAAGCCCCCCACCAGACACCACAACCUCCGUCUCGCCUUCUUCCUUUCACCCUGGAUCAGCCUCUGUCCUCCAGGACCGUGUGGGAAAGACCUCUCCUCCAGGAGAGCGUAUAGAGAACAGCUCUUAAAAGAGCUAAGUGAUUAGAGCUCAGGGGAGUAUACAAAGUAUAGCAUUCCCCAGUGUGAAUAUAGCAGUUCCCUACAAUAACGAGACAAGGCUGCGUAUUGAGGGUUAAUCAGGUCAGAAUGAACUGAGCGUUUAUUGUCUCUAUAAUACAAGUUUUCCCACAAGGUUUCCACCCAUGUGGUCCUUGUGGAGCACAGGACACAAAGUUACAAACACUCUUGUACACUCCCAGAUAAUGUACACAAACCCUCCCCUCUGCCUGUGAUACAAUUACCAAACACAAUGGACUAACUCAAUUACCCACAGGCAGAAAAAACACAUUUUUUCACAAAACACAGAAAACACCCCCAAAACACCACACAAACACCCCUGGAUAGCCCUGAUCUGGGUGAACAACAUAUCCAAAAAUCACCCAGAUCAGGGGUUCAAAAGUUUUGUGGAAGUCACAUUUGACCGACCGCAAGCAUGGUUUUCAUGCCCAGAAUAGUUCCACAGAUUUAGGCUGUGCGGCCGGUCUAUCUUCUCCUCUAUCCUGGAGAUAAUUGGCUUAAGUGGCUGUGGUAACUUAAUUAUCUCCAGUAACAGGAAAUAUAUCUAAGUCAAAAACUGUUACAAAAACCACAUAAAAAUAUCUAACUCUUAUAAUACAAUGUUUAAACUAAAAGUCCAACAUAUCCCCAUAUAGCUUGGAUCUGAGCGCUCAAUAUGUCUCAUUUUAAAAGUUCCCUAUAGUACAAGGAAGGGUGGGGUCAGACAAUAGCAAGGGCUGAUGGGAGAUUGAGGAGGGACAAAGCAGCCAGUUUAAACUGGUCUGGCAGUGUCCCUGGGGCAACGCCCUGCUGGAGAAACAAUAGGACAGGAAAAAAGUGGGGGGGGGAGGGGGAGAGGCACAUUUUCCUAUGGAAGUUCCUUUUUAGCAUGUCUUUUUGCAGGGCCCAUAGUCUUGGGGCAGGAGGCUGGCAAUCAGUCUCCUGCAGAAGCCAGUGGCAAAGGGUAGUUCAUCACAGCUCCCUCUAGUUCAUUCACGGUUUGAUGGAGCAG